AUGGCUACAGUUCCAAUCGCCAUGAAGUCGGCAGCGGAAUCUACCGACACUCUCACAGAGCUCUUGUGGCAGGAUGCUUUGCGUCACCUCGAGUCCACGAACAAUGAGGUCCUCCUCCCCAUCAAUGUGACCGACAUGAUCGGCCAGGACAAUGUCGACAAGAUCAAAACCCGUCUUGGUGCACUCAUUGGCGCACCUGUUGUUGCCUUCGUUGACGAGUCGAUCAAAGCUCUCCGUGUUAUGCGUACCCCAGCGUUUUCCGGAACAGCUGUCUCGGUUGCAUCCCACGGUGCAGCUGUCAAGACGGACAAGGUUGACGUAUCUGGAUCCUUCAAACCUCGUGGAAAACCUGCGGGACCUAUGAAGGCGCCGAAGGUCCCGCGUCCUCCGAAUGCUUUCAUUCUGUAUCGUCAGCAUCAUCACCCCAAGAUCAAGGAAGCAUAUCCUGACUUUUCGAACAACGACAUCUCCAUCAUGCUUGGGAAGCAGUGGAAAGACGAAGAUGAAGAGGUCAAGGCCCAAUUCCGAAACCUAGCAGAAGAGCUCAAGAAGAAGCACGCCGAAGAUCAUCCGGACUAUCAUUACACCCCCCGCAAGCCUUCUGAAAGAAAGCGUCGUGCUUCAUCCCGUCAGUUCUCCAAGAACACCAAGCCCGCUGCCUUGCUCGAUACUCCGGCUUCAACGAACAUCCCGUCUGAUGUCUCCACUCCUGCCAUGCUCCAGGGCAUGCCAGUGGGCGAGAUUGAUUUCAAUGCUGCUUUCGAAGGUGUUCCAGGUAUGAAUGCCAUUAUGACUCCUAACGGCAUGCCGGAGGACCAGCAGUAUCAUUUUGAACCAAAUGCGUUCGAUCUCAUGCAUCAGAUGCAGAACGAGUACAACAAGGCUGCCCUCUACCAGCAACUCAGCCUUCCCGAGGGUCAGAUCGGAGAGAACUUUGAGUUCACUGACUUCAUCUCCGAUUGCUUCUAG